CCGAGUAGGUUCGUUAGGAACGAUAGAAAUCACGUUUAAAAUAGGUAGAUCUUACGAAUCUGUAAGGUGGAAUAGAUCUAGUAUUUACUGUAAAUGUAACCUGCUGAUAUUAUAGUGUCACAAAUCCCUACAUUUGCUUACAAAGAUGCUGUCUACUAUUGUAAAAGAACAUCAAAGCAAACAAGUAGCAAGGAAAGAAAGACAAGAACAAAAGCGAAAAGAGGCUGUACAAGCUGCAAGUAACUUAACACAAGCUUUGGUUGAUCAUUUAAACGUGGGAGUGGCACAAGCAUAUUUGAAUCAAAAGAAGCUAGAUGCAGAAGCAAAACAAUUGCAGCACAGUGCAACAAAUUUUGCAAAACAGACACAAUCUUGGCUGAAUUUGGUGGAAGCUUUUUCCAGUGCUUUGAAAGAAAUUGGCGAUGCUGAGAAUUGGGCACGCAGCAUUGAAGGAGAUAUGAGGACUAUAGCAACUGCCUUGGAAUAUUCGUACAAAGCAACCCAAGAGACUCAAGGGGCCAGUACUACUACCUAAAUGUUCAAGAAC